CAUCACUCCUGUGAGGUAGCUCUCCUCAGCUCACCUGUCUAGCUCUCUCCCCCAUGGGUUUGUUGACUCCUCCCCCUGGCCCAGGUAUGGUGGUCCUCAUUGCCUACAGUCUGUCUGCAUUUGACCACCUCUUUCUUACCUUCUCUCCCUUCCCUCCUCAGUUGCUUCCUGCCCACCAAUUAAAGCACAAAUUUUAGGCUCCUUGGAGCGAAGGACCCUGCCAGUUUUUGGCAUUGCUUUGUGAUGUAUCAUGUAUGUUGAUAGCACAAUAUGAUUAUUUUUUCUAAUCCUACUACACAAAUACUUAAUUCAGCUUAAGAAACCAUUUGGGGGGGAGGGGUCAGUGGGGAACAUUUGAAAUAUCUGAAAGGUUACCUCCUUCCCUAUAGACAAAUUUCCUCCACCCUCAGCGAGGGGUGGCCCAAGGGGAGAGGGCCUUCUCUGUGGUGGCCCCUAAGAUGUGGAACUCCCUCCCCACAGAGGUGCUUCUGGACACCUUCAUUAUACAGUUUUUGGAGAAUGCUGACAUUGUACUUCUUUGCCCUGAUCGUUUGACACUUGAGAUGUACCGUAUGUUUUUUAGGACCCGCCUUGUUUGUAUGGUUUUAAGUUGUUUUGAAUUGUUUCUAACACUGUGUUUUAAUGCUGCAAUCCACCCCAGGGCCUUAUGGUUAAAGGUGGGAAAUCAAUAAAUCGAUUAUAAUCAUAGACUCAUAGAAUUGUAGCGUUGACAGGGACCCCAAGGGUCAUCUAUUCGAACCCUAUGCAAUGCAGGAAGCGCAACUAAAUAAUCCUUGACUGAUGGCCAUCCAACCUCAGCGAAGAAGAAGAAGAAGAAGAAGAAGAAGAAGAAGAAGAAGAAGAAGAAAGCUCUGAUGUUUCUCACCCCUACCAAUGCCAUCCCCAGCCAGCAAGCUCAAUUAUCAGGGCUGCUGAGAGGAGUCCAAUGACACCUGCAGGCUCAUAGCUUCCCCAUCUUGAAAUAGGGGUGAUAAGGGCAGUAUAAAGGUAGACUGCCUCUCAGUGUGAAGGCUCUCCUCAGCUUAAUUUCCUCUUUCCUGUCCUUUUCUCUGGAUUGCAUAUUUAUGGACAGGGACUAUCUUCUUUUUUAAAAAAAACCUCUUAGAAAAUGUGUUAAUAAUGCUGUCUGAUUCUGGAUUGUUUUAUGCUUUUUAAACAAGAGCAAUGCAGCUGCUUGGGUUUAACUUGACUUCAUUAUUAUUUUGCUUUGUGUAGCGGUGCUGAAAACACAGCCCAUAGAUACAUCUCUCUCUCUCUCUCUCUCUCUCUCUGUGUGUGUGUGUGUGUGUGUGUGUGUGUAUGAAUGAAUGAAUGAAAAUGUUGAAGAGUUAGAUUAAUUGGAUCCGGCUCAGUAUAAGGCAGGUUCCUAUGAGAAGGUCCACAUGGCUUAGUGGUUAGGGGAUCUGCUUUUCAUGCAGAGGGUCCCAGGGUUCAAUCCCAGGUAUAUCUCCAGGUCAGGUCAGAAAUGUUCCCCUGCCUGAAACCCUAGAGAGCCAUUACCACUGAGGAGGAGGAGGAGGAGGAGGAGGAGGAGGAGGAGGAGGAGGAGUUUGGACUUGAUAUCCCACCUUUCACUCCCCUUAAGGAGUCUCCUUUCCCUUCCUCCCCCACAACAAACACUCUGUGAGGUGAGUGGGGCUGAGAGGCUUCAGAGAAGUGUGACUGGCCCAAGGUCACCCAGCAGCUGCAUGCGGAGGAGCAGGGAAGCGAACCCGGUUCACCAGAUUACGAGUCCACCGCUCUUAACCACUAAACCAUGCUGGCUCUCUAGACAAUACUGAGCUAGAGAGACCAAAACUUGACUCAGCAUAAGGAAGUUUCCUGCAUUCCUAUUUACAUCAGAACCAUGAGGACUGAAAUCUUGAUUUAUUCUUAGGUAAAUGACCCAUAGCUUAGUGGUAGAGCACCUUAUCUGCAUCAGAUGAACCCAGGCUGAAUCCCUGGAAACUCUGGGUAGGGCUGAAACCAUAGUGAGCUGCUGCCAGUCAGUGGAGACAAUACUAAGCUAAAUGGGCCAGUGGUCUGGUCAAUAUAAGGCAGCUUCCUAGAGAGCCCGUGUGGUGUAGUGGUGAGAGUGUCAGACUACGACCUGGGAGACCAAGAUUCAAAUCCCUCCACUUGAACAUGAAGCUCACUGGGUGACCUUGGGCCAGUCACGGCCUCUCAAGACUAGCCUACCUCACAGGGUUGUUGUGGCGAUUCAAUGAGGAGGGGUGGAAGGACCAUGUCAGCUUCUUGAGCUUCUUCGGGGGGAAAGAUGACCAAUAAAUGCAAUUAUUAUUGGAAAUGUAAAGAAAAAGAGGGAACAUUUUAUCACAUGUGGUGGGAAUGUAAAAAGGUGAAAUGCUUCUGGGAGAUGAUAUAUAAUGAGAUGAAAAAAAUGUUGAAAUAUACAUUCAUAAAGAAACCAGAAGCAUUUUUACUCGGCAUUGUGGGGAGUGAUAUAAAUAGAAAGGAAUGUAAGCUCUUUUUAUAUGCAAUAACAGCAGCAAGAAUAUUACUGGCCCAAAAAUGGAAGCAAGAAGAAUUAUCGAUGAUUGAAGAAUGGAGGAUGAAGUUAAUGGACUAUGCAGAAUUAGAUAAACUAACAGGAAGGAUUCGAAACCGGCGGGACCAGAAAUUCACGGAAGACUGGAGUAAAUUUACGGACUACUUGAAAAGUAUUUGUGAAGAUCAGACGACGUUUGUAGGUUUGCAAGAAGUUUUGUGAGGAGUAUUAUUGGAAGUAUUGCAAAAAUGGAGAAGGGGAAGGAUGAUUUGUUAAGAGAUGUAAAGGCAAUAUAAAGUUAAGAAAUGCAUAAGAAGUGGUUAAAAAGGUGGAUCAUCAGAGGUGCUGAUGGAAGUCUAAACAGAUUGUAUAAAUGAUAAGUUUUGUGGUGCAUUUUAUAAUUUAUAUGUUAAAAUCAAUAAAAAUUUAAAAAAAUAAAAAAUGCAAUUAUAAUUAGUAGCAGAACAACAAGAGGAAGAACCUUUGAGGUCCCAUCCAACUCUAUGAUCCUGUGUUUUAAAGGUUGCAUUUUUAGGUCUGUGUGAAUAGGUUGAAAUGAAUUCACCCCUUUGAAUAACCCCAACAUUACGGACCUAACAUUCCGUAUCUUUGUUCAUGGGGAUAACAGCUUUCCUUGCCAGACAUCCCCAAUGGCUAAGACUACAGAGGCUCCGAGGGAGAAAGAAUUGGGGUCAGAUGACCCCCAAAGUGACCUACUGUCUUUGAAACACAUCAUCAAGCAGGGUAAGUGUGACGACCUUGGAGUCCAUUUGUGACUGGGACACUGAGUCAGAAGCUACAGAACUGCAGGCUAAGGAGCCAGAGUGGCUUCCUAACAGGGGUGCCAACUUGAAUAAAGUAUAUUUUUUGGGGGGGGGAAUAAGCCCCGUCCCACAUAACCAAUCACAUGACACAGUGCACGCAAACCAUUUGAACGGCAAUGGCCAUCAACUUUUAUGGUGGCGGCCAUUCAAAUAUUUUAUUGGAGGAGCUGAACCUCCCUCGGCCCCUAGGAGUUGGCUCCUAUGCUCCCCAAUGCUGCCAGUUGGAGGGUUCGCCAAACCUGAAGCUGGCUGCCAGCAGGAGGCCCCUGAAUCAGAUCUCGCAGCACCAGGGCUCCCAGAACUGGACCCUCAUGGGUGCCUUUCCACUGCACCCGAGAAAGUGGAUAGAGAAAAGUCUGUAUCCCUUUCUGAAAAUGGUAGAACUCAAGGACAGGCAGCGAAGCUGAAUGCUGAAAUAUUCGUGACUGUUUCUUUUCAAGAAGCAUAGAUUUCUUUUCGGUACUCUUUUGGCCCCCUGCUAAAUACAUUUUUGCUUAGGCAAGCCUGUCCACAUGCUUAGAAAGUUGAUCCCAGUUUUAAUCUGUUUUUAACCUGUUAUUUUUAAUUUGUUGGAAGUCUUCAAUUGUUGUUCUGUUUUCUUAUUGGUAAUGUUAUGGUUUCAUCUUUUCUAAAAACCACUUUAAGAGGUGUUUUUAAAAAUACAAUCAAGUGGUUUAUAAAUGUUACAAAAUAAGUAGUAAAUAAAUUAAAGGCUUGGCAGGGACUUUCCCUAUCCCUGUGUGUUCGAUUUUGCAUGACAAGCAAGCAGAACCAGGUUGGCUGCAGGAGUCCUGUGCUGGAGCAUCCCCACUAUCAAUGCUCGCUGGGAAAGCAAGUUUGCCUAGAAUCCUUUCCUCCUAAUCUUAAACGUUUUGUAGCUUCCUAUAGGUGCCCAACUAUAAAGGAAAGGAACACUGUACCUUUUCCUUGAAACAUUCUGUUCUUUUUUCAUUGCUUCUUAUGUUCUAGGGCAGAGAAGGGGAACCUUUUUCCUCCAGUGGUUCAGAUCUUCAUCUCUCUCUAUCCCAUCCCCUAUCCACCAACUUUGACAGGUGGGCAGGACCGCUGCCUCUCAGUCACCUGACAUCACAAGGAUGUCAGGUGAUAGGCAGGCAGGUGCUUCUUCCCACCCGUCACAGUUGGUGUCAGGGGAGACAGCAAACAAGCUGGUUUGAGUUCCCCACACAUCAGCUGAUGCGUGGGGAAUUCAAUCCUGCUUUUAGCAAGGGCUGGGUGCAUUAAUUAGCACAUGCAAAUUUUAUGUGCCGCCCUGUUGUCCUCUUCAUUUUAUGCUAUUUAUUGCCAUGUGGCCUGAUCCGGCAACCUCAUGCUUAACAUUUUAAUGUACUUGCACUAUCACCUGGUGUGUUGAAGCGAAACCUGCUCACUGGCCUCCUUUAACCCCCUCAUGUCAUCCUCUCACCCCUGCAGGUAUCAGGCAGCUGUACCAGGCACAACUGCUCUGUGAUGUCACCCUGGUGGCCGAAGGAAGAAAGUUCCCUUGCCACAGGUAAGAAGCCAGCAGUACUCCAAGCCAUGCUCUGCUGGGGUGGGACAUCUCAGGAGUGGCUUUAAGGAAAAGACGGGGGCCAUUUAUCAAGUACAGUGGACGCUCGGGUUGCGAAUGUGAUCCAUGUGGCAUGCACGUUCACAACCCGCAGCGUCUACAACCCGCAGUGGUGCGUCUGCGCACGCACGAGUUGCGAUUCGGUGCUUCUGCACAUGCGCAAAGCGCGAUUUAGCGUUUCUGCACAUGCGCGACCGCCAAAACCCAGAAGUAACCCGUUUUGGCACUUUUGGCAGUCCGCAACCCAAAAAAACGCAACCUGAAGCAUCUGUAACCCGAGGUAUGACGGUAGGAGUAUAUGCUGAGGUAUUCUAGGAGAAGAAGUGCAAAGUUACUUUGGCUGAGAGACACAGAAAGUGGAUUUGACCUGCGUCAAGGCGGGGUCAGAAAAUUGGAAGCUGCCCUAUGCUGUGUCAGACCAUUUAUCAAUCCCGCUCAGUGUUAUGGAACUAUGGAACUACCUGCCACAGGAGGCAGUGAUGGACACCUAUUUGGAUAGCUUUAACAAAGGACUGGACAAAUGCAUGGAGGAGGAGAGGGUUAUUGAUGUCCAAAAGCCACAAUGGCUAUGCCCUGACUCCACAGUCAGAGUCAGAAAUGCUAAAUGCUCGAAGCCAUGGGGUUGGGAGUUCUCAUGCUUGGGUCCUGCUUGCGGGUUUCCUACAGGCAUCUGCUUGGCCACUGUGAACACAGGAUGCUUGACUAGAUGGGCCUGAUCCAGCAGGUUCUUCUCAUCUUCUUAUGUCCUUCUAUUGCCUACACUGACUGGCAGUGGCUCUCUGGGAUUUCAGACAGGGAGCUCUCCAAGCCCUACCAGAGAUGUUGUUGGCUAUUGAAUCUGGGGCCUUUUGCAUGUAAAGCAGUUGCUCCACCACUGAGCUACAGCCCUUCUUACCGAGAGCUGCCAUAUACUGAGUGAGGUCCAGAGAAGCGAGGUUGCACUGUGCUUCCCUAGUAUGCAAAACCUCCUUAGAAACAGAGCCAGAUCGCUCUUCCAUCUGGCUGGGGGCGUACUGGCAGGCAGCUGCACGUCAGCCUCUUUCCUCACUCUGCUCCUUAAGCUCCUUUUAACCACAGAUGCUGGGGAUUUGGCCCAGACGGUCUGCAUGCCUGCUCAAGACAUUUUGCUGCCUGAAGCAGGCAGGAUCCCUCCACCCCAUUGCAUGAAUGAAAGCUAACCAGACCGGAAGUUGAAGCUUCUUACUCUCAUACAUACUGAUGGGACAGCAUCCUUAGUGGCUGGCUAGGUCAGGACCAGAGGGGAGGACACAUGACACAAAUGCCCUGCCCUUCAAAUCCUUGCUGUCAAUCCCUGCCGCCACCACCUCAGCAACUCCUGCCUGAAGCAGCUGCCUCACUCUUUCUAAUGGUAGAAUCAGCCCAGGUGCAAAGCAUCUUCUCUAUCGCCUCUUCUCUGUGUGUGAUGCAUCCUAGCGCAUCUCUCCUCUUUCCCUCCAGAACACUCUUGGCUUCCAUCAGCCUCUACUUCCAGCGAAUGUUCACCAGCACCUUCAAGGAAUCCCGGGAGGGCGAAAUUGUGCUGAUGGAUUUGACUGCCUCCUCCCUCCAGAGGCUCCUGGAUUAUAUCUAUACAGGGGAGCUGCUGCUCCUCUCUGAAGACGUAGAAGAGCUGUUCACAGCAGCCAGCAGGCUUCAAAUCAUGUCCGCGUUGGAAAUCAUCACCAGGUAAUAAGGAAGGGGUGGGUCAGUGCAUCAAAAACAGGGAAGGGGAAACUGUGGCCCUUCACAUGUUUCCAGACUACAAUUCCCCUUCACUCCUGACCACUGAUGGAGUCCAGAGAGCUGGAAGGCCACAACUUUGCCAUUCCUGAUCUAAAGACACAUCCCUGUGGGGUUGCACAGCCAGUUCAGAACCAGUGUGUUCUCUUCAGUCUCCUUAUUUUUUGCUAUGGCAAAUCAAUGUGGCUUACAAAAUGACUUACAACAAAAACAAUACAUAAGACUAGGGGGUGGGAUACAUUAAAAUAUCCCAUCUAAGGGGUUAAAGGCCAAAGGCCUGUUUAAAAAGGAAGGUUUUUGUCUGGCACCUGAAGAUAUGUAAUGAUGGCAUCUCCCUGGAGAAAGCAUUCCGCAAAUAGGAAGCCACCACUGAAAAGGCGCUGUUCUUCUGUUGCCACCAUCCCAUGGAAAGGGCACAUGAAGAAGGGCCUCAAAUUAUGGUUGCAGGGUUCAGGUUAGUUCAUAUGGAGAAAGGCAGUCCCUGAGGCACAAGGCUUUGUAGGUCCAAAGCAGCACUUUGAAUUGCUCUGCUAUGUUCUAAUAUUGUAAGUUCUGAUAUUACGAAAGAGGGAGAAAAGCAUGUCCCAGUCUACCUAUUUUCUCUCCAUCAUGCCAUAUAUGAGAAAAGUCUUUCCUCCUUUGCUCCUUGCAGAUUCCUCAUGGAGAGGAUUUCCAUGGAGAACUGCCUGGGUCUUUACGUGCUGGCAUAUUCCCACAACCACCGGCCUCUCCUCCGCCCAGCCUCACGCUACAUUGCCUUCCAUUUCGAACACCUCAUAGAGCUCACAGCCUUCCUUGCCCUCGACUUCAGCGUCCUGGUCAGCAUAAUUGCCUCGGACGGCCUGGAGGUGGACUCCGAACUGACCAUCUACAGGGCCAUGCGCCGCUGGGUGUACCACAACCCUGACGAGCGCCUCCUGAAGCACGCGGCCCUGAUGGACCACAUCCGCCUCUCUCUCCUGAGCCCUGAGGAACUGGCCGAGGUCCGGGCCGAGACAGAAGAGUUUUAUGAGUGCGUCCGACUGCCGUGGGAGGAACUCAGCGUCCCUGAACGGCUGUGGGCCAGCAGAGGCCUACGGCAAGGCAUGUACCACAAGGGCGUUGUGUGCGUGGGGCUCCCCAAAUGGAGCAAGAUGAGCCUGGGGGACGAGGAGCUGGAUUCUCAUGUCCACUUCUUCGACCCGUCCACCGAGCAGUGGGAGCAGCUUCCCGACCUGAAAUCACUGACCUCGCCUAGCUGCGUGUCUCUGGGCCACAAGCUCUACAUCACCGGCGGGCAGCAUUUAGAUGGCUCCUACUCCAAUAACCUCCUGCUGUACGACACGCUUGGGGGCCACUGGUCCAAGCUGCCUCCCAUGACCACAGCCCGGGCGUGGCAUGCCUUCCUCCUAUGCCACAAAAGGCUCUACGCUGCCGGGGGCUGGGACAGCACCGGGACUCUUGUGUGCGCCGAGAGCUACGACUUGGAGCGCGAGGAGUGGACGGACAUCUCCAGCCUCCCCUUUGCCUUGACUUAUUUCGCCUCUGUGACACUCAAGAGCAAACUGUACCUCAUCGGCGGGGAAAGGGAUGACGCCGAACUCCCCGUCCCUCACAAGGGGUUCCUGGUUUACGACAUCAAAUCCGGCGCCUGGUCCCAGGUCCCCAUGGCCUUUGAAUUCUACGAGGCCAGCGCUGUCACCUUGGGCAAUUGCAUAUUUGUGGUCGGGGGGCUUUCCGGGGAGGGCAACGAAGGCUCCCGGUACUUCACCGGCCGUUGCGUCUGCCUGUUGAGCGAUGGCACGGUGAACCAAGAACUCUCCAUCCCUCUCCUCCCCAUCGCCAUCUCUUACCCGGGCGUCGUCUGCUGGAGGAAGAGGGUGUAUGUCUUCGGGGGCGACAGCAACGACCGCUAUUCCAGCGCGAUCCAUUACUGGGAGCCAGGCCAGCAGAACUGGGUCCAGUGUGGGGCAACUUUACCUGACCCCCACUAUGGGGCGUUUGGCUUUGGCUGCAUUCCGCUCAAUGUCCCGAGAAAAAACAUCCUGGCUGUCUUCCACCGGGGAUUGGCCUUUGAGGCGGAGGAGCAGGAGGAAGACAGCUUUGAACCCUGCCCAGUGGCGAACCUUACUUAGCACAUUUUGGGUCCUUGUUAUUUUUAAUUGGUUUAUUUAAAAAGAGAGAGACCUGAAGCCAG